AUGAGCGCCCCGGACGGCCACUACGCGGCCUCGCCCCUCUACAAGGAGCCGUGCGCCUUCCAGGACUACAGCGCCGGGCCCCCGGCCUGCCUUUACACGGCCAGGCCCCCGCCGCCCCCGCCGCCCCCGCCCCCCUACCCCGCGGGGGCCCCGGACGUCUCCCCCUACGAGGUGCCCCCCAUCGGUGAGGAGCCGGGGGGCUCCCACCUGCACGCCCCCCGCCCCCACCUCCCACACCCCCACGCGCACAUCGGCCCCUUCCCCGACGGGGCUGAGCCCGGGGGUCUGGGGGAAGCCAGCAGAGCGCAGCUGCCUUUCCCCUGGAUGAAAUCGACCAAGUCUCACGCGUGGAAAGGGCAGUGGACGGGAGGCGUCUACGCGGUGGAGUCGGAGGAGAGCAAGCGGACCCGCACGGCCUACACGCGGGCGCAGCUGCUGGAGCUGGAGAAGGAAUUCCUGUUCAACAAGUACAUCUCCCGGCCCCGGCGGGUGGAGCUGGCCGCCCUGCUCCGCCUCACCGAGAGGCACAUCAAGAUCUGGUUCCAGAACCGCCGCAUGAAGUGGAAGAAGGAGGAGGACAAGAAGAAGGGGGCCGCGGCCCCCAAGGACCCCGCCGGGGACCCGGGAGCCCCCCCGCCCGGCCUGGACCCCCGGAGGCCGCAGGAGGCCCGGUGA